UAAGGUUAAGGUUAUCAAAUAUUUGGUAUUAUGCUUCUGCAUUCUCCAAUCUGAUUUGGCGAUUUAUAUACGUUAGAAUCAAGCUAAGAGAUAUGGAUAGAAAUACGUGAAAUAUUAUUACGUUUUUGAAAAAUAAUUUUUAAAUAUAAAUAAAUAAUAGUAUCAAAAUAUGUCCGGUGAAAAAACCAGUGAAAAAAUUGAUAAAGAAAAGAAUUUAUUAAUUGUCGUAUUAGAUGUUAAUCCAUUGCAGAGAAUUGUUAAAGAAGAAACCAAAAUAUUGACACAAUGUUUAGAUUCAACAAUUGUAUUUGCCAAUGCACACUUAAUGCAAGCGUCAAACAAUCAAUUAGCAGUAAUGGCUUGUCAUGGACAUGGAGCAACGUUUUUAUAUCCUUCUGAGAAAACCAAUGAUAUACGUCAAAUCGAUGGACAAUAUGAAAAAUUUACAGAGGUAGAACGUACUGUCAGACAACAGAUACAACUGUUUGUAAAUCAAAUACCGUUAGAUGCUUCAUUGAAUGGUGAAAGUCUUAUUUCUGGAGCACUUUCCAUGGCAUUAUGUUAUAUUUCAAGAAUAUCUCAGGAUAAAGAGGGAGAUGAGAAAUUUUAUUCAAGAAUACUUGUGAUCACCGCUAGUAAUGACUCUACUAUGCAAUAUAUGAAUUAUAUGAAUAUAUUUUUUACUGCACAAAAGAUGAAUGUUAUACUGGAUGUAUGUAGCUUGGAUCAAGAAUUAACAUUGCUACAACAAGGCUGUGAUAUAACUGGAGGAAAUUAUUUGAAAGUACCACAGUUGAAUGGAUUGUUGCAGUAUUUAUUAUGGGUCUUUUUACCAGAUUCUAGUGUUAGAUCAAAAUUAGUAUUACCACCACCGGUAGAAGUUGAUUAUCGUGCUGCGUGCUUUUGUCAUCAAGAACUUGUAGACAUUGGUUAUGUAUGCUCUGUUUGUUUAUCAAUUUUCUGUAAAUUUAGUCCAAUUUGUACCACGUGCCAUACAGUAUUCAAGAUGCCAGGACCAAUACCAAUGAAAAUGAAAAAAAAGAAAAAGAAUAUAGAUAUCACACAUUGAUAUUAUUUUACGAAAUAUAAAUAAAUCAUUCUUACUUGCACAUUGGAUAUAAUGCCAAUGCCGAGGGAAUCAUCACUAACAAGCUAUUUGUGUAGCAUAAUAUAAUUAAACAUAUGCAUAUUCUAUAUAUAAAAUAUAAUAUUCUAAAACAAAAAAAAGAACAUACGAAGCAAGACAUAAGCUCAGUUUGAUUGGUAAUAAGGCCCAUGGACGACGAUAAUAGAAACAAGUUGUUCUUAUAUAUUCUGCCACAAUUGGUAUCAUAAUCAUUGUUGGAGCCACAGUUAAUGUUCUGGUAAAAAAACAUUCAGAAGCUGCUUUAAUUGCAGCAACUUUUGAAUUCAUGAAAGGUUCUUCAUGAAUGACCCAUACAGGAAUUCCAUUUAUAAUCUCUUUUUGUCGUAUGACAGCAAAAUUAAUCAUAUUUCCAAUGGUCAAUCCUCCCAAUGGAAUAAGUCGCUAUAUUUAAAUAAUUAUACCAUUGACUUUCUUGCAAAAGAAAAAUAUAAAUGAUAAUUCACUGAACUAACUGCGAAUAAUGGUCCUCUGCAAUAAAACAUUUGUUUUAAUCCAUAAACAACCAUGCUGCUAGCCGCAGCGCUACAUAAAAAAGCUUCCUCUGCUACGAUAUUAUUUUUAGAUUCAUCUAACUCAUUGGUUGUUAUACUUCUAUUUGUAUAAUUAACGAUAGUAGUAAAUGCUUGAUUAAUUACUUGCAAGCCUAGAAGAGCAACC